GUAAUAUUGCUAAAAGUGAAGAAAAAAAUUGAGGGCAAAGGGUACUCUCUCAGUCUACUCAUUUCCCUUUGCUUAACAGAGCAGAGAUUUUUUUUCUAAUCCGAAAUCUGAAAUCUCAAUCUAAAGCAGGAAUGGAGGCUUCUUCUGUCACUGAAAAUUCUUCCACUGGCAAUGACCACGAGCAAGAGCUUGUUUUGAAUCAUGGAGGCACGGAGUCGAACCCUGAGACUGAUCGAGAAGAAGAACUAGACGGAGAAGAAGUUAGGCGCGUAUUGCAAGUUAGUGCCGCUACUGGGAAAUUUUGGCAUAAUUGGGAUAAGCUGAAGAGCAUGCUAUCCUUUCAGUUGAAACUGGUUUUAUCAGAGUAUCCUGAGGCAAAAAUGACGAUUGAGCAACAAAAUGCUUCACUAGGUGAAACUAACCUAGAGUUGGUUACACGGCUAAAUGAAGAGCUUCAUUCUUUUAUUGAGGGCCCACCAUUUACCCUUCAAAGACUCUGUGAGAUCCUACUGGAUGCAAGAAGCAUCUAUCCAAAACUAUCGAAGCUUGCCCUAGCACUAGAAAAGAAUUUGCUGGUAACCUCCACAUUGACAGUCUGCACCGAACCAUACCCAGAAAUGAUGCCAAAUCCGGAAGCAGAAAAGGCAACUGAGGAAGCUCCACUACAGUCUAAUUCAGUCCAAAAUGGGGUUGAAUCUAUGGUGGGAGAUAGGGAUGAGAUAAUGACUGAGGUUGAGGCUGAUAUUGAAGAGAUGACUAUUGACGUGGAUGCCUUCCAAGAGAUGGUGGGACCAUCAGAAGCAAAUUCCACAGCAGCUGAGAAUUCUUAGGUCGAUAAACACCUUAAAAGCUGAAAGUUUUUGGACCCGCAUGUUGCUCAUAUACAAGUACACUAGAAAAAACUGCUUAUUUCUUGAAUGGUGACUACUUUGUUGCAUUUAUGUUACAAUUUUGGAGAAACCUUGAGGAAGAAAGCAACAAAGGGUCUCAGAUUUUGGUCCUUGAGGGGUUGAAACAAAUAUUUUCCUUUUGAGAUAUCUCCAUGGAUGCUGUAUUUGUAAGAUUGUCAACAUGUCACAAUGUCUUGUUGGCCACUGUAACAGUGACCAUUUUAGCUUGUCAGUAUUUUAAUAGUUAGUUUGUUGUUGUGGCAUGGUAGUUUGACACUCAAUGAUAAUAAGCUCAUUUAUUGUGGUGAUUCAA